AUGGUGGCACGUUUACCAGAGGAAAAAAUUGAUAAAAUUGUCGGGUUGCGUGGUGAGUUUAAAGUAAAGAAAAAGGUCACGUUGCGAGAAUUAGAAUCGCUGAUUGGUUUACUGAACUUUGCAUGCAGUGUAAUUGUUCCAGGUCGGGCUUUCCUGCGACGACUUCAGGAUUUAACAAAAGGUCACAGUUGUCCAAAAUUCAGAAUCACUCUCAACUCAGAAGCUAGGGCUGAUUUACAAGCCUGGUUCAAUUUUGUUAGUAACUACAAUGGAAAAUCCUGCUUCCUAUUUCAAAAAUUGAUUUCUUCAGAUGUUCUAAAAUUGUAUUCAGAUGCAGCUGGAGUUCAUGGGGGCUUUGCAGCUGUUUUGGGGUCAAAAUGGUUUGUAAGUGGAUGGCCACCAGACAUGAAGGAUUUACAUAUAACAAUAAAGGAGUUAUAUCCUAUAGUUUUGGCUAUUGAAAUUUGGGGCAAGACUCUAGAAAACCACAAAGUUUUGUUUAUGACAGACAAUGAAGCAGUGGUAGGAAUUAUCAAUUCAACUACUUCUAAAGACAAGGUUUUGAUGAAGCUAGUUCGCAGAUUAGUUUUGGCAUCCAUGAAAUUCAAUAUAUAUUUUAGAGCAAAACACAUAGCAGGAAAAUCAAAUGUGGUUGCUGAUUUCCUGUCUCGAUUUUCCUUUCAGAAGGCUCGGCAGGUUGCUCCAUGGUUAAGCCAAACACCAGUCUCAGUUCCGGAACAUCUCUUGAGUCUGUAA